UAACUUAUCGGGUUAUAACUAAGCCCGACAAAUUUCACCCCCUUUUGUCUCUCGUUUAUGCAAGUCAGUCGUGAGGGUUUCUUUCUUACACUGUUCAUCAAUCGUAAUACUCAAAUCUAAGAUCAAAUUAAGGAAAACCGAAGCAGCUUAACUAAAGGAUAAGCAUCACAGUCCGAUAUUUUGUGUUUAUAGAACAUUUCGAGUGUUGUUUCUGUGGUAUGAUAUGAUAUCUAUCAGUUGACAGGAUAAGAUGAAUUUACAUUCACAUAUGUCCGGACAGUUCUCCGGACAGGUACCUAAUCAACCUGGGACUUCAAUGUCUGCUGUGCCACAUCAGCAAACCAUAAUGCAAAGCUCUGGUGGCCAACGUGGUACAGUCAACAUGGAGCCUGGGCUUAUUAAAGCUCGGCGUUAUAUACAAGACAGAAUCUAUGAGUUUCUGAUGCGUCGACAACAAACUCAAGAGAUACCUCAAAAGAAGGUGAUGGACAUUGUUAGACGCUUAGAAGAAGGCCUGUUUAAAACUGCAACCACCAAGGAAGAAUACAUGAAUAUAGAUACAUUGGAAAACCGUUUACAUAUUUUGAUUAAACGCCUCCCUCUUAACAAUCACAAUCAACAAUAUCAGCAACAAGGAAAUACUUCCGUUCGCAUGGGAACUAUGAUUCCAAAUCCGGGCAUGCCUCAAAGUGCAUCAUCAUCUAUGGAUAACAUGGUGCUGCCAGCUGGCAACACAGGGAACUUAAUGCCUAAUGGUUAUCAACAGUCUACGACAAAUUUCUCCAACAAUGCAGGUGGAAACACUUUGAUUUCGUCAAUGGGUGCACAAAGAAUUGCCAGCGCUAGCCAAAUGAUACCGACUCCUGGAUUUAGUAACAAUCAAAGCACCAGUAAUCAAUCUUACAUGAAUAUGGAUUCUUCUAACAGUGGUGUUGGGCUAUCAACGAUUGACUCCACAUCCGUAUCGCAACCGCUGCAACAAAAGCCGCAAGUUGGUGGUCAAAACAGCCGGAUAUUACAUAACCUUGGGAGCCAUAUGGGUGGGGGAAUCAGGUCUAGUAUCCAUCAGAAAGCUAACGGGUUUGCAAACGGGUCGUUAAACAGUGGGGUAGGAAUAAUGGGUAAUAAUAAUCUGCCUAUUAUGAAUGGUUUGGGAACCUCGGAAAGCUAUGUGACAGCUUCUAACUAUGGAAGUAACACUGCUGAUUCUUCUCGAUCUGGAAACUUUUAUGUUCCCACAAAUUCUGCCACUUCAGUGAUGAAUAAUCAGAACAUGAACUCAAUAAGCUUGCAUGCAUUACAUAAAACAAGCCCUCCGUUGAUGGUGAAUCAGUCAAAUUUGGUCAGCACUCAACAGGCGUCAAAUAUGAAACCUUUAAUUAGUUCAACUCAGCAUUCACUACAACAGCCUCUUAAUUUUCAGCAGCAACAUCUUCAAAAUCAAAAUCAAAGUCAAAUUCAAAGUCAACAUAAACAGCAAUAUCACCAGAAUCAGCAUUAUUCAUAUGGUCAAUCUCAGCUGACACCUGAUCCUGGCGGUCAAUCACAGGUCUCUGACCAGUUCCAGUCUUCUCAUACAAUUAAUCACUUUCAAGAGAACUCUAUGGAAGACCAGUUUGUUGACGUUAAAAACGGUAUUACUAGCUCGAUAGGGGUUCAACCCGGAUCUGUAACGCAGGGUCGAUGGCAUUCAAGGUCUCAAGAAGUGCCACAUGUACCAGGUAACAACGUAUCAGAGCAAAUUGUCAAACAAGAGUUUAGCCAAAGAAUAACGGGUCAAGAUCAAGAUCAAGCUCAAAGGAACAAUCUUUCUUCAGAAGGAUCUAUUACUUAUCAAAGUGCUGCCAAAAAAUCCGUAGAACCACCAAACUCUGGGGCUAUUUCUAAAUCUGUUGAUCCAAACCGUGAAUUGCAGUUCAAGAAUCAACAAAGAUGGUUAUUAUUCUUGACGCAUGCUCGCAAAUGCGUUCAUCCACCUGGAAAAUGUCUAGAAGUCAAUUGCAUCAAUGCCCAAAACCUUUUGAAUCAUAUGACAUCAUGUCAGGAUCUUGAAUGCCCUAUUCCUCGUUGUCUAAGAACAAAACGUUUACUCCGUCAUUAUAGGCGCUGUAGGGAUGCUAGUUGUCCUGUUUGUGUCCCCGUAAAACAAUUUGUGCAACUGAAAGGGGCCCCACGUGCAGAUGCUAAUGAUCAUCAUACCACGAAGAUGAGUCCAUCUGUUGCUGAAACUUCACAAGAUGUGAAUCCAACUUCGAAACGAAUGAAAAUAGAACCAUCAUCAGAAUCACUGGCUGCUGAAAGCCAAAACAAAACUCAAACUCAAACUCAAACUCAAAGUCAAAAUACUGCCAUACCGGUUCCUGUCCCUAGUGCAUCUCAAUUUCAGGAUCAAACUGGUGAUACCAAUACAACAACUACUAAAUCUGAGGUUACGGGGGUAAAAUUGGAAAUUCCUACAAGCUCCUUGCUUGCAAGUCCGAAACAAGAUUACGUGGAAGAUUCUGAAAACCAAAAGUCCAAAGGUGCUCCAGUUGUGCCUGAUAAAGCCACUGUUUUACCUAAACAGGAGCUUGUUAAGACUGAGAUCGAUGCGGGUUCGGGCCAAGGCCCACCUAAUCCGGAAAACCUAAUGGUUUCUACUGAAACUAUUUCUGGAACCAAAUCUGGAAAGGCAAAUAUAAAGGGAGUAUCAAUGAUAGAGUUAUUUACACCAGAGCAGGUUCGGGAGCAUAUCUCUGGUCUCAGGCAGUGGGUUGGCCAGAGCAAAGCGAAAGUAGAAAAGAAUCAAGCGCUAGAACACUCGAUGAGUGAGAAUUCGUGUCAAUUAUGUGCUGUUGAAAAACUCACUUUUGAACCACCGCCUACAUAUUGCACGCCUUGUGGUGCUCGAAUCAAAAGAAAUGCAAUGUUUUACACCGUUGGGACUGGCGACACUCGACACUAUUUCUGUAUACCCUGCUACAAUGAUGCCCGUGGGGAUACUAUUAAUGUUGAUGGAACUAAUAUUUUGAAAGCUAGAUUGGAGAAAAAGAAAAAUGACGAGGAAACAGAAGAAUGGUGGGUUCAAUGUGACAGAUGUGAAGCAUGGCAGCAUCAAAUAUGUGCGUUAUUUAACGGUAGAAGAAAUGACGGUGGGCAGGCGGAGUACACCUGUCCAAAUUGUUACGUAGAAGAAGUUGAAAGAGGAGAGAGAAUACCGUUAGCCCAGAGUGCUGUACUUGGAGCAAAAGAUUUACCUAGAACUAUACUAAGUGAUCACAUAGAAAGCAGGCUGUUUGGAAAAUUGAAGCAGGAGAGACUCGAGCGGGCGAGGGUCCAUGGUAAAAGUUAUGAUGAGGUUCCUGGAGCAGAAUCACUUGUUGUUAGAGUUGUGUCGUCUGUCGACAAGAAAUUGGAAGUGAAACCACGAUUUCUUGAGAUCUUUCAAGAUGAAAAUUACCCUGUUGAAUUUGGGUAUAAGUCUAAGGUAGUUCUGUUGUUUCAGAAAAUUGAAGGUGUUGAAGUAUGUCUUUUUGGGAUGUAUGUUCAAGAAUUCGGAGCAGAGUGUGAACAGCCAAAUCAUCGUCGGGUUUAUCUAUCUUAUUUGGAUUCAGUCAAGUACUUUAGGCCCGAGAUUAGGGCUGUUACAGGGGAAGCUCUCCGUACAUUUGUAUAUCAUGAAAUUCUGAUAGGUUACCUAGAAUAUUGCAAAUUACGUGGAUUCACAAGCUGCUACAUAUGGGCUUGCCCUCCAUUGAAGGGUGAAGAUUAUAUCUUGUAUUGCCAUCCCGAAAUUCAGAAGACACCAAAAUCUGAUAAACUAAGAGAAUGGUAUUUGUCGAUGUUGAGAAAAGCUUCGAAGGAAAAUAUUGUAGUUGGUCUGACUAAUCUGUACGAUCACUUUUUUGUAUCUUCUGGUGAAUGCAAAGCUAAAGUAACUGCGGCUCGAUUACCUUACUUUGAUGGUGAUUAUUGGCCCGGUGCUGCUGAAGAUAUGAUCUUUCAGAUUCGUCAAGAAGAGGAAGGAAGAAAGCAAAACAAGAAAGGUUUCGUAAAAAAGUCUAUGACAAAAAGAACUCUGAAAGCUUGUGGUCAAACUGAUCUUUCCGGGAAUGCAUCUAAAGACCUGCUAUUGAUGCGCAGGCUUGGUGACUCAAUAUCCCCAAUGAAGGAAGAUUUCAUUAUGGUUCACUUGCAGCAUGCGUGCACUCAUUGCUGUAUUCUUAUGGUGUCUGGAAAUCGCUGGGUUUGCAACCAGUGUAAGAAGUUUCAGAUCUGUGACAAGUGUUAUGAAGUUGAACAAAAACUUGAUGAUAGAGAGAGACAUCCUAUCAAUCAUAGGGAAAAACAUCCUCUUUAUCCUAUUGAAAUCAAUGAUGUGCCAGUAGAUACGAUAGAUAAAGACGAAAUUCUCGAGAGUGAAUUUUUCGAUACACGACAAGCUUUUCUUAGUCUUUGUCAAGGAAAUCAUUAUCAAUACGAUACACUUCGCCGUGCAAAACAUUCAUCAAUGAUGGUACUAUAUCAUCUUCAUAAUCCUACUGCACCUGCAUUUGUGACAACAUGCAACAGAUGUCAUAAUGACAUAGAAACAGGACAAGGUUGGCGUUGUGAUGUUUGUCCCGACUUUGAUGUCUGCAAUUCCUGUUAUCACAAAGAUGGUGGAAUUGAUCAUCCUCAUAAGUUGACACCUCAUGUCUCCAUUGCUGAACGCGACGCACAGAAUAAAGAAGCUCGCCAACAACGUGUUGUACAGCUUAGGAAAAUGCUUGAUUUGCUGGUACAUGCAUCGCAGUGUCGGUCCCCACUUUGUCAGUAUCCAAAUUGUAGAAAAGUAAAGGGACUUUUCAGGCACGGGAUUAAUUGCAAAACACGCGCUUCUGGUGGAUGUGUGCUUUGCAAGAAAAUGUGGUAUUUGCUUCAACUUCAUGCGCGAGCAUGUAAAGAAUCCCAAUGUCACGUACCACGUUGCAGAGAUCUGAAGGAACAUUUGAGAAGGUUGCAACAACAGGCGGAAGGCAGGCGGAGGGCGGCGGUAAUGGAGAUGAUGAGGCAGCGUGCAGCCGAGGUUGCUGGAGGCAGUGGAUAAUUAAGUUGUAAAUAUUCAAAAAAGAUGUAUCAUAGUGUGUUUGAAAAAUUUUGAAGAGCGUAUUUAUCGAUGGCUGUGUCAAUGCCUCAAUGGAAUGAAAAGAGCAUAGACACAGCCCAUAGGAACACGAGGACGACAGAAAGAGAUGGUUAAUGAUUGAUGCUACAUGUGAGUUGAUGCUUACAACACGUCAUGUUCUUCCAUGUGGGUCGGGUUAAUUUACCAUUGAUUCUUUGAUUCUUACAUCAUGUAAUGUUGUCAAAAUGUACCGUAGAUUUCGGUUUUCCAAUGUACUUUUACAGCGUGUAAUGCCAAUAACAUUGGAAUAUAUGAACUGACGGACCUAUACAAUCAUCAAUA